AUGGAAAUAUAUUCCAACAACGGACAAGGUUGGUCUUGUUUCAUCUAUCUCUGCAUGUGUGGGGCAAUAUGUGAGUCCUUCCUCUAUUCAGUGCCCGAGGAAAAGAAAAGUGGGUCUCUGGUGGCUAAUGUGCUAAAAGAUUUGAAAGUGGAUGUGAAGGAGCUCUCUGCUCGCAGGGCCCAGCUGGUUUCUGAAGGAACCAGGCAAUAUUUCCAGCUGGACCCUAAUUCUGGGAAUGUGAUAGUACAGGAGAGAAUAGACCGAGAGGCUCUGUGUGGUCAGAAAGACUCUUGCAUCUUACUCUCAGAGAUUGUGCUGGAAAACCCAUUGCAAGUGCACAGAAUCGAGGUUGAAAUAGAGGACGUGAAUGAUCAUCCCCCCCAAUUCUCUAAAAAGGAAUACCUUUUUGAAAUAUCUGAGCACACGUCAACAAAAACCCAAAUCCCCUUAGAGAGUGCUGAAGAUGGAGACAAAGGAGAAAACACCAUUCAGAAUUACUUAGUAAGUCCUAAUGACCAUUUUAGUCUGGAUGUGCAAAAUCGCAGUGAUGGUAGCAAAUACGUGGAGUUAAUAUUGCAGAAACAGUUAGACCGUGAAGAAGAAGCACAACUUUUCCUGAUUUUGUCAGCUGUUGAUGGUGGAAGUCCAAGGAAAACUGGCACAGCAAAAAUUGUUAUUGAUGUUCUCGAUGCUAAUGACAAUGCACCUCAGUUUCAUCAAUCUGUGUACAAGGUAAAAUUAAUGGAAAACUGCUUGCCAAAUACCCUUGUAACUGAAGUGGAUGCAACUGAUAGGGAUUUGGGUUCCUACGGAGAUGUCACUUUUUCUUUCAGUCAGCUACCGGAUACUGUGGCUCGAUCAUUCAAAUUAAACAAAUACACUGGAGAACUAACUGUAGCUGGAAUAAUUGAUUAUGAAGAAAACAGAAACUAUGAGAUAAACAUCAGAGCCACUGAUGGAGGGGGGCUCUCGGCAUACUGCAAAGUCAUUGUAGAGGUUGAGGACAGAAAUGACAAUGCCCCGGAGGUGACUCUCAAGUCCCUCACGAGCCCCGUACCAGAAGAUUCUCCCCCAGAUACAGUGGUGGCCCUCUUCCGUGUCACAGAUCGAGAUUCAGGAGAAAAUGGCAGAACUUCUUGUACCACAGAGGCAAACUUGCCCUUCAUGUUAAAAGUGUCUGUGAAUAACUAUUACCAGCUGGUUACUCAGCAGUCCCUAGAUAGAGAAAAAGCCUCUGAGUACAACAUCACCAUCACAGCUACAGACCAGGGCUCUCCCAGGCUCACUUCAACAAGAAUACUUAAUGUUCAGAUCUCAGAUGUCAAUGACAAUGCUCCAUUAUUUGAGAAGUCAACAUAUGAAAUCCAAAUACAAGAAAAUAAUAUUCCAGGUCUUUUAAUAGGACUGGUACGUGCUGAUGACCUGGAUACAGCACAAAAUGCCAAAGUGACCUAUUCUCUUUUGCCUGGGAAGGUCAGUGAUCAACCUGUGUCCUCUUAUGUCUCAAUCAACUCUGAAACUGGGAAUCUGUAUGCCAUCCGAUCAGUGGACUAUGAGCAGAUAAAAGACUUCCAAGUAACUGUGAGGGCUGUGGACAGCGGUUCUCCUCCCCUGAGCUCCCAAGCUAUGGUCCGAGCUGUUGUCAUGGAUGAAAAUGAUAAUGUCCCAUUCAUCCUGUACCCCCUACAGAAUGGCACUUCCCCGUCCAAUGACCUGGUUCCCAGGGGGGCUGAGGCUGGCUACCUGGUCACUAAGGUGGUGGCAGUGGACAGAGAUUCUGGUCAGAACUCUUGGCUUUCCUAUGAGCUCCUGAAGGCCACAGAGCCGGGUCUGUUCAGUGUGGGGGGCCAGAACGGAGAAGUGAAAACCAUGAGACCAAUUAACAAACGAGACACCUUCAAACAGAAACUUAUUAUUGGGGUCAGAGAUAAUGGGCACCCUCCCCAGUCCACCUCUGCAACACUAAGCAUUCUUCUAGUGGAUGGCUUUUCUGACCCAUAUAUGAAAAUGGUAGAUAUCCCAAAGGAAGAAAUUAUGGAGAAAGAAGACCGUACCCUGACGAUGUAUCUGGUCAUAUGCUUGGCUGUCAUCUCCUGUAUUUUUCUGGUUUCUCUGUUGGUGUUUGUUGCCAUCAAGAUUCAUAAAAGGAGCAAGUUCAUAGAGAGCUCCCCCCUGAAUUUCCCAGUGGGACCGAAUUUCCCAGAGAACAGUGGAGAUGCUGAUGGUGGAUCCCUUUCCCGGGCUUACAACUAUGAGGUGUGCUUAGCUGGUGGGUCCCUGAACAGCGAGUUCAGGUUUCUCAGGCCUCUCUUUCCUGUGUUUUCUGUGGAGCCACCUCACAACAAAGUGGAAUCAAGGAUUUCAUCUGCUUCUCAGGAAAUUCCCAGCCAUGCAGUAGAAGGUCAACUCAUGAACCAGGUGAGAAUAUAA